GAACACUGCGUCGCUUCCAUCGUCACAAACACACAAUCGGCUUGUUCAACAUGCGUCGAUCCGAAUCAAUGCAUCAGACAUGCCCAUUUUAGUCACCUCACAGCACCACUGGGCUGGACAGACGGCACCGGUACGGCGCUGGCUGCUGCUCCAUCCGAUAUUCCCGAUUAGCUCGACGUGUCACGCAGACCACCACACGACACGAGGAAACAAUUCUCCAUGGCCGCCGCGCUGCUGCGCCACGCCCGGUGGCUCCUGGUGGAGCGCCCCGCCGUCGCCUCCUUCCGCUGGCGCCGGGGCGUAACGCCCGCCGCGUCCCCGUCCUUCGCCGCCGCCGCCGUCUGCGCCUACCUGGCCGCGGUGCUCCUCCUCCACCGCCGCGCCCCGGCCCUCCCUCCCCGCCUCCUCCGCGCCGUCUCCGCGCUCCACAACACCGUCCUCCUCGCGCUCUCCGCCACCAUGGCCGCGGGCUGCGUGCUCUCCGCCGCGGCCACCGCCCCCUCCCCCCGGUGGGUCUUCUGCUUCCCGCCGGGCGCCGAUGCCACGCCGCCGUCGGGCCCGGUCUUCUACUGGGCGCACGUGUUCUACCUCUCCAAGAUCUACGAGCUCGGCGACACGCUGCUCAUCCUCCUCGCCCGCCGCCCGCUCACUUUCCUCCACGUGUACCACCACGCCGUCGUCAUCGUCAUGUGCUACCUCUGGCUCGCCACGCGCCAGUCGCUCAUGCCCGUCGCCCUCGUCACCAACGCCACCGUGCACGUCGUCAUGUACGGCUACUACCUCUGCUGCAGCCUGGGCCUCCGCUGGCCACCGCGGUGGAAGCGCGCCGUCACGGAGCUGCAGAUCGUGCAGUUCCUCUUCAGCUUCGCGGCCUCCGUCGUCAUGCUCUGGUUCCACUUCGCCGGCGGCGGGUGCGAGGGGAUGGCCGGCUGGGCCUUCAACGCCGUCUUCAACGCGUCGCUGCUCGCGCUAUUCCUCGACUUCCACGGCGCCGCCUACGCCGCCGCCACGGGCAAGAAGAAGAAGAGGAGCAGCAACAGUGGGGAAAAAACAGAGUGACGACGUGCACCAAGAGGGGAAUCAGUGAGCUGACGAUUUUCAGCAUUCCUGAAUACUGAGUUUUAGGCUUGUUGGAAUUGUAAAAUGCGAUGGCCUUUAUUAUUGUUAACAAUUCUGGUUCAAAUUUCCCGAAUUAUCAUGAUCUUCAUGUUGCAAUCUUAAAUUGAGAAUUGCUGCGGGCAAAUGGCAAUUCAUUCAUCUGCUUUCUAA